AUGUCACAAGUCAAGCCCAAAACUCGACGUAUUACGCAAGCAUGUGACUUUUGCCAUCGACGAGGGAUCAAAUGCAGGGCCGCUUCUUCGGCAUGUGGCUCCCCACUUGAUAGCAGCACAUCAACGGCCCUCACACCAUGCCUCACCUGCGUCGAAUACGCGCAAGAAUGCACUCGACUUCGUCAACCUAAGAAACGGGGUACAAAGCCUCGUAGCAGCUCUCAGGUGACUUCCCCAGCAGGUCUUUCCCCACCAGAAAGCUCAGUCAAAAGGAUCACGGCCAUCUGCACCCACGAUCUCGGAAGUUCGGUAUCGCAGCCUCUGUGCAAUCGAAAGAUUGUGACCGCACUUCUUGACGUCUACCUUGAUACAAUUCACCCAACCUUUCCUCUGUGGUGCGAAAGAGAACUCUGGGUAGGAUGGCGGAACGGCUCCUUUCCCGAAACACCCUCUGACUUUAUGAGCCUCAUGUGUAUGUGUGCACUCUCGGCUCAGCAUGUCGGCGAUGGUGCCUUGUUUAGUGGCGACGUUUCUUCAGACGAGGCGGCAAUACUGGCGCAAGACUACCUUCAAGAGGCUAUCCGUCUAGUUCCUACGGACUUUGACGAACCGAGCUCAAAUAUAAUCCGCUCUUACGGCUUCCUGGCUCUCCUUGGUGCCCAGAUUGGCAACAGCGCCAUGGCUCACAAGUACUUGGGCCUGUACCACGGUCUAUCCGCUCGAUUCGACUUGCACGAUGAAUCACGAUGGCCGGUAGGAAUCAGCCAGUGUGAGCGGGAAGUACGCAGAAGGCUAUGGUGGGCAAUGUAUCGGCUCGAGGUACACACAGCUUGCGUGCUCGGAAGCCUAGUGCGAUGUCCGGAGGCCCAAGCAAACGUUGGCUACCCAUCGGGACUGCACCACCCGGCCUUUAUCCCAGGGCGUGAUGGUGAUUUCGAAGACUGGUUCGCCGGCUGGAACUCAACAACCGAUCUGUACCGGGUGCUUGAGCACGCUAUCUGCGACUUCAGAUCCCGGCAGAGACCGCAUCGGCCCUCUAUUCUCCACGAGGCGCGCGAUGGGACUGUCAUAGCCACCCUGAUCACUGAAAGGCUAUCACGUAUCCAACAGGAGCUGUUACCACAAUUUGGCACCGUUUCUUCACGCUCGUCUGACAGCGGGAGAAAUAGGUGCGGGUUCCAGGCAGUCAACAUCCUUUGCACAAUUCAUCUUGCCCGGAUGAUAUCGUCACUGUCAUGGGGCGACGACCUACAGUCUGCGUGCCGCACCGCGAGAGACAUGAUGCUUAACAUGAAAAGCAUCCCUCUUGAGUACGUUCGAGCAGUGGGGUCGCCACUCCUACAACAGCUUGCCGGGGUUGGACACAUGCUUGUUGGCGUGGCCAACAAGCAUGAUCUGCAACGAGCUGAAUACAUUCAACUGACGGAUGUGCUCACGUCUAUCAUUGAGUUCCUGGCGCAACUCAAGGAGUGCAACAAGACUGCUGCUGCAGCAGAGAAACGGCUGAAUGACCAGCUGUUAAAGCUUUCCCAGUCUAUGCCAGAAGACGAUAUCCACGAUCACGUUGUCGAUUUCGAGAUAACCAACCCUUUAGACGGACCGAAUCUGCUUUGUCCGUCUUACCUGGACCAAUUGUCUCCUUCAUCGCUCGAUGGUGGUGACUUUUUCACCACUAGUCUCCUAAGUACAUUCAUGUGGCCGCGCUGA